AUGUCCGCGACCGAGAUUCAGGAAAAGAUCGCCGCCGCGAGGCGAGAGGCCGAGAACCUGAAGGAGAAGAUUCGCGCAAAGCGAGAACAAUUGGCCGAUACAUCUCGUGAGUAUCAUCGUCAUUUGGGGUUUUUUUUUCACUGCCGGACAAGCCCCUGACGGGCCCAAUCGCGCCUCCCGCCGACCCCACAGUACGCUCAAUGGCCCACGAGAUUGAUCCCUUACCACGGAUUGCCAUGCGACCACGGCGGACACUCAAAGGCCAUCUCGCCAAGAUCUACGCCAUGCAUUGGUCUCAGGACAGGCGACAUCUUGUCUCGGCGUCGCAGGAUGGUAAACUCAUCGUCUGGGACGCCUACACGACCAACAAGGUCCACGCGAUCCCGCUCCGGUCCUCAUGGGUCAUGACGUGCGCCUACUCCCCCUCCGGCAAUUUUGUCGCUUGCGGUGGUCUCGACAACGUGUGCUCCAUCUACAACCUGCGUUCCAAAGAAGGGACGGCAAAGGUCGCACGGGAAUUGUCGGCCCACACGGGGUAUCUGUCUUGCUGCCGCUUCCUCAACGAUCGGCAGGUGCUGACGUCGUCGGGAGACAUGACGUGCAUGCUGUGGGAUGUUGAUGCUGGAGUGCGCGUGAUCGAGUUCAAUGAUCACACUGGGGAUGUCAUGAGGUACGUGCUUCCCCUCAACAAGCAUCGUCUCAGGCUUCUGAUAAAUCUCGCUUUUCGAACUUUUCCCACACAGUCUGUCCCUGGGGCCGAACCAGAAUCUUUUCGUCUCGGGCGCAUGCGAUGCAACAGCCAAAGUAUGGGACAUUCGGACGGGGAAAGCCGUACAGACAUUUACAGGCCACGAAUCAGAUAUCAACGCCGUGCAGUGAGUCCCGCUCCUUCCAUGUCGAGCAAACCGAGUUGCGUCGUGCACGGGUCCUUUUUGGCUGAAUACUACUCGCCUCUACCCCUCCCAGAUUUUUCCCGAAUGGCGACGCAUUCGCAACAGGUUCGGACGAUGCCUCGUGUCGAUUAUUCGACCUUCGAGCCGAUCGGGAACUCAACUCUUACACCCACGACAACGUGCUCUGCGGCAUCACCUCGGUCGGGUUUUCCGUAUCGGGUCGUAUCCUCUUUGCCGGGUACGAUGACUUCAACUGCAACGUUUGGGACACACUGAAAGGGGAGAGGGUCGGAGUGUUGGCGGGGCAUGAGAACCGCGUCAGUUGUCUGGGUGUCAGUCAGGACGGGGUGGCGCUUUGUACAGGGUCUUGGGAUAGUACACUCAAGGUAUGUGACUUUAAUCGUACCAAGGUCUUGGGGACAUGUUGGCUGAUUCGCUCUAUUCUUGUGCGCUCCAACACAGAUCUGGGCAUGAUCUAGAGCGGCCUCCGCCUCGAUCGUCCGCCUUGCUCCGUGAAGCCCCCGGCCUUUCUCCUUGUAAUCGCCUCGAGGGCCCUACCUAUUCCGUCCAACGCAUUUGUUCUCUAUCGCCUGCUUUCAUUUCUACGACCCGCGUCUAUUCGUUACGACCUACCCUCGCCCCGCUCGAAAGAUGAUGGCGGGGUCACAUUCUACACCCUCGCCUGCGUCUCGGAAAAAGGAACUUCAAAUAUGUGCCUCCCUCCCUUCUAA